ACAGGUUGACGAGUAAGGGUACAAUGGCCAGCGACAUGUACGUAACGUACCUAUGCUUUGAUGACGUAUGUAUGGCGGAAACAUGAGUUAGGAAGGAAUAUACCCUGUACAGGACCGAUGCUUGCAUUUAUACUACAGUAGAAAUUACGCCAACUGGACUUACAUUGGGAACAUUUUGUGUACAUGACCCCGUGUUAGAGGCGCGUUUACCUGGUGUCCGGAUUUACACGUGGGAAGUGGGCGUGUUUGAAUCUCAAAAACACAGAAAUUUCGCGACGGCCUGGAAGUAAAAGCUAUUAUGGGACAGAAAACGAAAAAGCGUGGUGUCUCUUCAGGAGUCAGAGGUGUUCCGAAAGGUUCAGGACACACACCAGAGAAGGAAAAAACGGUAAAUGUCCUCCCGUCCACAAGGUUCCUUCUAGGUAUCAUUGUGUGUUUGGGAUUAGCAAUACUCUUUGCCCUGCUGUACCCUCAAAUAUCAGGUCCAGCUUCCGAUAGGGUAGCACGGUUGGAACCAGAACAGCUGGAGACAGACAGUGAUUCUUGGACAGUGCAGGAUACCGCUCAUCUGAAAAACGACGACACGGAUGACGUACCUGUUUUGAAGCAGAAUGAUCCAAUGAUAGAUGAAGACAUUGAACCAAUAAAUAAUGCAAAACAAACCGUCCCCUUAACGAGGAAAGACGAUGGUAAGAUACAUUUUACACAGGAAACUAAACAAUCAAAUGAAGAAAAACAACACCAUCCAUCUAAGGACAACGGUUCAUCAACUCAAAGUACGUCCAAGACAAAAAUAAAAUCCUCUCCAGGCAAGAACAAGAAGAAGUCGAAAUCCUUAAAGAAAGAAGCAUCCUCUAAAAGUGCCUCUAGAACAAAGACUGACGCAUCUUCGCCAACCUCUACACCUUCAGAUGAGGAAGAAUUACCAAAGGAGGUGAGGGACUUCAAGCCUACAUUUCAAAAGACAAUGAAACCGAAAAAAAUAUUCGCCGACGGAAGGAGACUUCCACCGAUAGAACUGUUACCACAGAAACCAAACAACAGUAGCGUCAAGGUGUUCCUUUAUGACGAGUUCUUGUCGGAGGCUGAAUGUGAUGGUCUCAUGAAGGUCCAUGACAGUCACGUGACACAGGCCAACAAACAUGAUCCUUUCGUCUGCUUCGAUUCCAUCAGCACACUUAGACAACACCUCAAGGCCAACAAAGUCAAGGUCAAGGUCACUCCACAGGACUUUAUGCCAGGAACGCUCUGUGUGAACGCCACGUUCUCAACCCAGUUGAAGUCGUGGCUCCACUCCAACUGGAGCUACAGUACGGCGUUCUACCCCGGCGAGAGCAGGUUCUCCAAGGUGUUUGAGUACAGGGUCAAAGAGGCCACCGGCCUCCUUCCAGAAAAUGGCGGGAAGUUCCAGCUCACGUCAUACCCUCUCGGAAUAGGCUACAAGACACACACAGACUGUAUCGAAAACUCAAAUGAUCAAAGAGACCGCAUGGCCACUAUACUGGUGUACCUUCAGGACGUGGAGGAUGGUGGGGAGACCAUGUUCCCGGAACUGGGCAUAUGGGUAAAACCACGGAAAGGACGGGCGCUCGUAUGGAACAACAUGAACGAGGACGGCAAGUGUGAGCCGCUGUCUAUCCAUAAGGCCGCUAAGGUGGAUCAAGGUCACAAGUACAUUCUACAGAGAUGGUAUUACUACAAAAGUUUUUACUCGCUGGGUAAGCGACCACCGGAACCGGAAAUACCACAUCGAGCAGAAUUUCAGGGACGCGUUUCUUGUGAUGAAUACCAGCACGGAAGUUGUCGAUGGUAUGACGAGUGGAACUACGACCAUUUGGUGGACUAUCUCAACAGGAAGGCCACACUUAUCUAAAUUUAAAAAUCAAACAAACGUAAUGGAUAUACUGCCUUCUGGUUGACCAUCUCAACAAUAAAGGAAUAAAGACCACGUCUAUCUCAAUAAACAAAAAACAAAAACAAACAUAAUGGAUCUACGACCAUCUGGUGGUCUGUCUCAGCAGAAAAAAACACACUUAUCUUAAUAAAGGAUUUAAAAAAAUGCAA